CAAACUGCAUCAUCACUCACUACUACGUUUCCAUAUCUAUCUAUAUAUACCCCCUUCUCCAUAACAUCCACCACCACAACCACCGCCACCGCCACCUCCGCCGCCGUAUCUAUUCAGCCUCCAAAAAUCUCCCUAUUUUAUCUCUGUUCUUGCAUGGCAGUGAGCUUAUUAGCUAAUGAGGUAUCCGACCUCUGUCUAGGCAAGCCAGCACUGAGGUCACUUCCAGUUACUGCCACUGUCUCUGAAGCUUUGUCAGCACUCAAAAACUCUGAUGAUAAUUUCUUAAGUGUGUGGAAUUGUGAUCAUUUAAGUAAAACAAAAUCUGGGCUUGACUGUGAUCAUCAUGAAGGUGAUGAUUAUGAGUGUAGAUGUGUAGGAAAAGUUAGUAUUGUUGAUGUGAUUUGCUAUCUUUGUGAAGAUAAAAACUUGGUGUCACCUUCUGUUGCUUUGAAACAGUCUGUUUCUGUUCUUUUGCCUAAGAUUCCUGGCCUUGUUGUGCAUGUGGAUCCUUCUUCAAGCUUAUUGGAAGCAAUUGAUUUGAUUCUUGAAGGAGCUCAAAAUCUUGUGGUACCAAUCAAGACAAGGCUAAGUUCUUCAAUUUCAAGAAGAAAACAGCAGCAGAAGCUCUCAACCGGCCUUGCGACCUUUCACAAAGGCCGCGAGUUCUGCUGGCUAACUCAAGAAGAUAUAGUCCGAUUCCUCUUGAGCUCAAUCGGACUUUUCUCUCCGAUCCCCGCUCUUUCCAUCGACACUCUUGGCAUCAUCAACGACGAAAUCGUCACAAUAGACUACAAUUCCCCUGCCUCCUCCACACUCAGAGCCAUUUCGCGGGCUCUAGCCACGCAAACAUCCGUGGCGGUGGUGGACGGAGACGAGGGCACCUUGAUCGGGGAGUUAUCACCAUUCACAUUAGGCUGCUGCGACGAGACUGUGGCAGCAGCCAUCGCGACGCUUUCCUCGGGGGACUUAAUGGCCUACGUCGACUGUGGAGGCCCCCCCGAGGAUCUUAUUAGGGUCGUGAUGGCACGGUUGAAGCAUAGAGGUCUAGAAUCUAUGCUUCACGAAUUCACUAACUCAACUACAUCAAUAUCCACAUUUUCAACAUCCUCCUCCUCAUCCGACGAGGAAUCCGUAACUACAGUGCAUAGGUCGGGGAAGUAUAGUAGGUCGAUGAGUUACUCGGCUAGAAUGGUGAGAAGAGCAGAAGCAAUAGUGUGUCAUCCCAAGAGUUCACUAGUAGCAGUAAUGAUUCAAGCAAUAGCACAUAGAGUGAAUUAUGUGUGGGUUAUAGAAGAUGAUUGUAGUUUGGUUGGAAUUGUGACAUUUUGUAAUAUUUUGAAAGUUUUCAGGGAACAUUUAGAGGUUAUGCUCUAAACAAUCUUAGGCUGAGUGAGUGAAGUUUUGUUCAUUUUGUAAUAUUUUAACUUUUUUUUUUUUGUGUUUUGUUUUGUUGUUAAUCAACUUUUAGUGAGGGAGUUGGUGUUGUGUUGUAUGAUUUCUUGUUUGUUUUGUGCCUUUUUGCACUUUUUCUAUUUUAUUUUCAAAUGUAAAAUGAUGAAAAGAGAGUGAGUUUCCAUACUUCAGUA